GGUCGUGCGAUUAACUAGCAGCUUGUGUCGGCUGCGGGAGCGGAGCUGCGUUUUGUUGUCUGGAGACACAUUGUAACAGACAGAAAGCAGAGGCAUAAGGCUUGGCUUUGCAGGGAUGACGAGUUUAAAGCUGAUCACUGCGACGGACAUACAGUAUUCAGGAUUUCUGCUCAAGUCCAUCAACGACCAGCGCAAUGCCGGACUGUUCUGUGAUGUUACCAUAAUAGUGCAAGACCGCAAAUUCCGAGCUCACAAGAACAUCCUGUCAGCAUCCAGCUCAUAUUUUCACCAGCUCUUUUCAGUGGCGGGACAGGUGAUAGAGUUGAAUUUUGUUAAGGCAGAGAUCUUUGAGGAAAUUCUGAAUUACAUCUACAGCUCCAAACUCUGUCGCAUUCGCUCGGACAGGCUUCAGGAGGUCAUCCAGGCUGGCCAGACCUUGGGUGUGCAGUUCAUUUCCAACCUAGGUGUCCCACUUUCCCAGGUGAGGGGCUUGCCAGGCUUGUCCAAGGUCCCAGACUUGGGAGAUGCUUUGGGCAGUGGCGAGAAUGCACAAACCAAAAAUGAUGUCCACUCUCCAGAAGCAGGAUCGUUGUGCAUGCCAAUCAUCACAGAGACGUUCUCCCUAUCUGCCGAAGAGUUCAAGCAGACAGAUGGCAGUGUGGAUAAGGAGGGAAACUCGACCAAUGACGAUGUCCUUUUAGUCUCGAAAGAGGCACCCGAAAAUGCCAGCGUCUCCAGCAGCACUUCUGGCGCAGAGGGUCCUGAGGUCCUGGAGGGGUGCACCGAGGUUGAAAAAGUCGACAAGCGUCCUGAGGAGAAGGACGUGGUGUCCGGGACAGAAGAUAGCACAAGUCCUGAGGCAGGCCGGGCUGUGAUCAAAGAGGAUGGGGGCUCACAGAUAAAGGAUGUUGCACCAUCUACUGGGAAGAUGGAUGGACAUAAAUCUUCAUUCCACAGCAGCCCCACUCAGAUCCAGAUUGACCACAGUGUUCUUCCCACCCCUCUACCCGCUCCUCCACACAGCCCAAUGGUAUCCCCCAACACCAGCACCAGUAAUGUCCAACCACCCAUGGGACCAACCCCUUUUGGUAGCUUGUGCACCCCACCGGCUCCCUCACCUCAUGUAAACAGCUCGCACGUAGAUUCCCUCAACAGUCCCCAAACCAGAGAAAUGCUGCCACAACCGCAUGAGGUGCUGGGAGUGCAGAAGAAGCAGGUGACUACAGUUUUAGAGAAGUCAUCUGCCCAGCCUGGGGAUUUCAAAAUCAAGCUCUCAGACGUGAGGUCAGGAAGCGGCAAAAAUGGACCAGCGAUCCAGAGCCCCAAGACAGUGAUAGUGGGGAAAAAGACUAUAACACUAGACAAGGCUUCGGAGAUUGAUUCUCUGUCGACUGGCUGCAAGGUCUACGCCAACAUCGGGGAGAACACCUACGACAUAGUCCCCAUGAAAGAGGACCCUGGGGAGGGUGAUUCCAAAGCCAGCAGGGUUAGGAAGUCCCACAUGUCGUCAUCUUUCUCCCCAGAUUCGUCACCCCAGUCUCCACGUGGGGUCUCGAGCAAGAAGAAAACGAAGCUCGACCAGGAUGACCACUAUGAACUGAUCAUGGACGGGAAGACCUUCUAUGUGUGCGUCGUGUGCAAGCGUCCCUAUGUUUGUCUGACUAGCCUGCGACGGCACUUCAACACGCACUCCUGGGAGAAGAAGUACCCCUGCCGUUACUGCGACAAGGUGUUUGCCCUGGCCGAAUACAGGACCAAGCACGAGAUCUACCACACGGGGGAGAGGAGGUACCAGUGCCUGCUCUGCAAUGAGUUCUUCAUAAAUUACCAGCUGCUCUCCUCUCACUGCAAGCAGGUCCACAACCAGGACCCGUCCGGCCGCAAAGAGAAGGAUGACACUGAAAAUAACCUGUACCGCCUGCUUCCUUGCAAGACCCUGCAGUUCAAGCCUUACUCCUACGUCUCGGAAAACUCGGCUGGAAUUCCUGUCAUCAACGAAGAAGGGAUAGUCUACCAUGUAGAGCCUGGGAAGGGGACCGAGGUACCCCGUCCCCCAUCCAGCACCCACACAUCCCCUGCUGUUCACCUCCCCCCCAGCCAAAGCAAGGUGCUGAACUGGGACGAUAUCUUUGUAGAGCCUGGGGCUCAGCCCCAACCUCAACCCCAGCCCCAUCCACAGCCCCCAGCCCCAGCUCCAGCCCCACCCCCAGCCCAGCCCCAGCCCAGGCCACAGACCCAUGUGAAUCCAGCCGAGGCCUCAUCAGAGUUCGAGUUUGUUAUACCAGAGACUUAUUGAGUUUAAGGAGCUCGACUUGCUAAGAAUUGUGCCUUUGAAGCAGGGAUUCCCAUUGUCUUGUGUUCCAGGGUCCAGGACAAGAGUUCCGUACUUAAGUGUUUAGCUGUUGUUUUUCAAACUAGUUGUGUGUAGAAUGCUUCAGUAUGCUUCAGCACAAGUGUGGCGGUUCUUGAAAUAGCUAGGUUUUUUUAUUUUGUCGUUCUCUCGUUUCGUUUUUGUUUUUGAGCCAGAUGGUUUUGUAUUGCCUCAUGUUGUUGUUCGACAGUUCUCACUUAUCUUUUAAAUGGCAGAGAUUGUUAUAUUCUGGAUAGACAGCACUGUGGUGUUUGUCCACAUCGUCACUGUCAGCACUUACUGUUGUUUCCACGAAGCACACAGAGGAACGUUUAACUCGAGUCGCUCAAGCCCGAGUUUUGAACUGUACUCACCUGUUUUCAGUCAAACAAUAUUUUUAUAUUUGAAAAGGAAACGGUUAUACAUUUGGGAUUUUUUGGGG